AUGCCACCCCUUCCCAACGCAGUCACAGCUUCCGAGCUUCAAACUCUCUCAUCACGCGCUAUCUCUGCCAAAGAAGCCGCCUACUGCCCAUACUCCAAGUUCCGUGUCGGGGCAUGUAUCAUCACUGAUGCGGGCGAGUACAUCGUCGGUGCGAACGUUGAGAAUGUCGCGUAUCCGGUUGGAACGUGUGCGGAGCGAGUUGCUUUUGCCACUGCUAUAGUCGCCGGACACAAGGAUUUCAAGGCUAUUGCUGUCGCGACGGAUAUCAAGCCUGGUGCAUCGCCUUGUGGGAUGUGUCGGCAGUAUAUGCGCGAGUUCACAACGCCCUCGUUCCCGGUUUAUAUGUAUGAUGGCGAGGGGAACUACACUGUUAAGACUAUGGGCGAGGUAAACCCCCACCUCUCUAAAAACUCGCGAUAG